UGACACUUUGAGAGCACACAGCAUCGCCAUGGACAUCGAAGACUUGGCCAAACUGGCCGGCCAGUUCGAUGGCUCUACGCUGGUCACUCCCAAGACCCUGCAGGAAGUAGUGUCCACCGGCAACUGCAUGGGGUGCGGCAUUUGCGAGAGCAUCGUGGGGUCGGACUUCCUCAAGAUGGAGGUCAUCCCACCAAGACAGCGCAUGAGGCCUGUGUUCCUGAAGGAAGCACCUCCGGAUCGUGUCGCCAAAGCUGUUGCGGCUUGUCCGGGCGCGCAGGUCGGUGGCUUACCGGGUUGGCGGCCCUCCAGUGGGCUAGAGGCCUUUGUUGGCCAGGCAAAAUCCAUCCAGAAGGGUUUUGCCAGUGAUCCCGAGAUCCGCUUUAAAGCGGCCGCUGCGGGUGGGUUGACCUCUCUCUCCAUUCACAUGAUCGAGUCGGGUCAGGUGAAGUUUGUGCUCCACGUCAAGGCGUGCGCCAUGUACGAUGACAUCGCCACGCAAGGGUCCAAACUGAGCUUUUCUCGUGCGGAGGUCUUCGAAGGCCGGGGCUCCCGCUAUGGGCCCGUGGCGCCUCUCAAGUCCCUGGAGGAUGCUCUUGCACGUGCUGAGCCCUUCGCAUUGGUGGCAAAGCCUUGCGACAUCAACGCCGCGCGCAACUAUGCACUCGUUGACAAGCGCAUGGAUGAACUCUGCAAAUGCAUGAUGACAAUCUCCUGUGGCACCUACGCAGACAACGAAUGCGUGGACCGCUUCCUGGGCAACCGAAAUAUCGCCAACGAAGAGGUGGAG